GCAUCAGGAUGUUAAGCACUGCUUGUUUAUCUAGUUUUUAGCUGAGGAGAAAGGGUGUUUUGCCAAAUGAACAGUGCGUGAAUGAAAGUGGUAAUUUGCUGGACGAUGGAAGAAGCCAAAAUAAUGUUUACAAACUUGGAAACAAAUGCUUGGAUAAGAAAUUAUUUUAGUAAUUCUAAUUGAAAAUUAAAAAGCAUAUACCUUGCGUUAUACCGUUCGAAUUCGUAUUCUUUCGAUAUUUUGUAAGCCAUUUAAAUUUAUCUGCAGCGGCUUAUGCAAUAAUGAAGGAGCUCUCUGUGAUUGCGGUGGUGCUGCAAGUGAUUGCAUACUACCCCAAAGCAUUAUUCCUUUUCGCCCCCUUUCACUUCGUGUUCGAGAGUGUUUGGAGCGCGUAUGGAAAGGUGGUUGCCUACUGGGGCGUGUGGUCUGUGUGUUAUGAAUUGAUCGGGACUCUAGGGGGAGAGCUAGUAUGUCCCUCUGCCGCAGAGACAAGCGCCAUCGACAAACCAGCCUACAUAAUCUCGGGCCAGCUGUUCUCCAUUGUUGCCGGUGUUCUCUCAAUCGUGGCUGUCAUCCUCACUAUCAUCUAUAUCGGUGACGUCAUCCCCAAGAGGAAGGUCAAUCGCAUUGUGGCCCUCGUGGGGGCUGGAGUCCAGAUUGGACAGGCCAUUGUCCUGGUCAUCAGUGUGCCACCGAUGGCAGCCGGGGCUGCUAGUGAUACGCCCAGCAACCAGGACCUGGUGAUCAAGUGGAGCUUCUUUAUGGGAUAUGCGGACUGUGGUCUGGUGGCUCUCUCGGGUGCAGCCGCCCUAAUAGCCGCUUUAGUCGGGGACAAGUUCGGAAUUGCCAAGGUCAAACCAGACGCAGCGAAGAAGAAGUGGAACAAACUCGCAGCUGCUAACAAGGUUGCCGGAGCAGCGGCUGUGGGUGGGGGACGGAAGGGAAAGUAUGCACAAGGAAAGAAGGAAGGGGGACGCGGUAAGGGGACAAUGGCAGCAGCGGCAGCAGCUGCGAAGAAAACAGCCACACCCGAUGACACUGAGAUUAUUAACAUUUGAUGAACAACAUCAAGUUGAACUACGCGUAAAUUCUACCUUGUAGUUUUAAAUUGACGAUGAGUUUUAAAAACAACAUAAACUUAAAACAUCCAUCAAUACAAAAUGUUUUGAA